AUGGAGAGCAAUAGCAGUGAAAGAGAGGCAGCUUAUGCCACACAUAUUGCCGAGGGCGCAGGGCAGAUGACCGAGAUACCACCGCAGUUCAUCAUCUCGAAGCCGCGCAAGGCUACACACGAUGCGCUUUCGCACGAGCCGCAUUCGCAAGUCCAGGGUGAAAUGCGCAAUGAACGGUAUGAAAAGUAUGCCGCGCGGAACGCCGCUGGAGCCCGCAACUGCCAUUUCCGCGUCCCAGUGAAUCGGCCACUACCGCUACGCAUUUGGGACGCCGAGGCCAAAGGUCACAACAAGAAGAAAUCUAACGUUGAGAGUGUGCUCGCGCCACUCUUUAGCGGCGCCGCUUCAACCGGCAACGACGAGUCUGUCAGACCGGGAUUUCUUAUACCUGCAGAUCAAAACCGGCGACGCGAGAUUGAGGAACGCAGGCGGCGGGACGAGUAUGUGCGCAGCGACCAAGAGGCCAAGCGGAAGAUGAAUGAACCAAAACGUAUGCCAAACCUCCAAAAAAAAGUUCCGAGGGGAUUCGUCCCAAGUUGCGCUACAAUAGAGAAAAAACCGGCGGCAACACCGAACGAUGAGAAUAUAAAGGGCACGCGAAGCACGGCCACCAAAACAAAGCGGUAG